GUCUCUCAAAACCCUAAACCCUCAUCGCCGAAAAGACCUUCGAAAAAACCGAGUCUCACACAACAAACCCUUUCGUUUAUAAACCUCUGUAAGAACAAACACCACACAACCAAAAGCUCCGAGACACACAAACAGAGAGACCUAAGAGAAAAGGAACAAGUGUCGAUAAAAAUGGUGGGCUAUUCGUCUGCGCCUCCGGACUACGAGCCUCUGAAAGAGCUGGUAAAGCACCACAUAGAGUCAUUCGAUCACAUGGUCAGCUACGGAUUGGAGACCAUGCUCGUCAGCAUCAGUCCCGUUGAAGUCUUCGACCCUUUCACCAAGAAGAAGCUGCGAAUCUGGUUUGAAAAGCCACGACUAUUCCGUCCUCAAAAGGAAGGCAUUUCCCAGAGAAUGCACGAAGCUUUGUAUCCUUUUGAAUGUAGACAAGCUAAAAUUACAUAUUCGGGGAAAUUCCUGGCGGAUGUUUGCUUUCAAUAUGGUAAUGGAGCUGUUAUUAGAGAAAAGUUCAAUUUUGGGCAGUUUCCUAUAAUGUUAAAGGUUAGUGGCUCUAUCUCUCGUGUUUCUCUUUCAUCAAAGGGGUGCUAUUUGUCUCAAGAAAGUGACAUCCAUAAUUACAUACACUUUACAAGUGUGAGGAUCAUAGCAUUUGUAACCUUUCUGAGUAGCAGAAUAACCAAUAAAGACACAACGCACAGCCUUAGGAUCGAGUUUCCCAGGAGUACGAUGUUGCAAAUGAACAAAACAGACACACCCAAACACACGAGGAGAAAGAGAAGAGGUGGGAUAUGCGACAGGAAGCAGUUGAAGAGGAAUUUGGAAUUGGAGGAUAUUGGAAGGCAUAUGGUUGAUAAGCACAUAAAGCACUGUGUCUGUCAAGUUGUACUGGGCUCUGUGAUACUUGGCUCUCUCUCGCUCUCCCCUUGUAAUUGUUUGGUUUCUUUGCUUUUUAGGUACUUUAUUUUGAAUGGAAUUGAAAGCGUCAUUCGACUUAUAAUUUUGCCAAAGCGGAACUAUCCGAUGAGUAUGGUUCGUAAUUCCUUUCGUGAUCGACGAGAAGGAUAUACUGAUAAAGCUGUUGUCAUAAGAUGUGUUAGAGAAGAUCAAUCUGCAGUAUCAGUUAAGUUGUAUUAUCUUAAUAAUGGAAGUGCAAGACUUGGAUUCUGGAUACAAGGGAGGGAGUAUUUGCUUCCUGUGGGCGUUGUUCUUAAGGCCCUUGCUGAUACAACCGAUCAUGAAAUCUAUGUUAGUUUGACAUGCUUCUAUAAUGAGAAACAUGGGAGAGGAAAGGGCUGUGUUGGCACGCAGCUUGUGGGUGAAAGAGUGAAAAUUAUUCUUGAUGAAGUGCGAGACUUGUCUCUUUUUACCCGCAUUCAGUGUUUGCAGCAUCUUGGAGAGUAUUUCCAACCUAUUAUGUAUGGAAUGGAAAAUAAAAGCUACUUCGAUGUUGCAAAUGCUGUUCUAAGAGACUACAUAUUUGUCCACCUCGAAAACAAUCAGGACAAAUUCAACCUGCUCAUAUUUUUGUUGCAGAAGCUUUUCUCACUUAUAGAUCACACUUCUGAGCCGGACAACCCAGAUUCCUUGCAAAAUCAGGAAGUGUUACUGCCCGGUCAUUUGAUUAUUAUUUACCUGAAGGAAAAGCUACAGGACUGGCUGGAGAAGGCAAAACGACUUCUUGAUGAUGAAAUUAAUAACGAGAGCAAAACUUUUGACUUCACGAGCUUAGCCUGUGUGAAGAAGAUCAUGGAUAAAAAUCAUCCUAAACAGAUUGGCUCAGCAAUUGAGAAUAUGUUGAAAACUGGAAGACUUGCCACACUAUCAGGUUUAGAUUUACCGCAGAGAGCUGGCAUGACAGUUCAGGCAGAGAGGCUUAAUUUUCUCCGUUUUAUUUCACAUUUUCGAGCUGUUCAUCGAGGGGCUUCAUUUGCGGGACUUCGCAGUACAAGUGUGAGGAAGUUGUUACCUGAAUCUUGGGGUUUUCUCUGCCCUGUUCACACACCUGAUGGGGAGCCGUGUGGGCUGCUAAACCAUAUGACUUGUAGUUCUCGUAUCACAUCGUACUAUGAUUCACAAGGAAAUGUUAGAGACUUCUUCAAAAUGCGAAUGUCUAUUCUUAGUAUUUUGGUUGGAGUUGGUAUGGCACCUUCACUGCCAAAGCUUGUGCAAGCUGGUCCUCCUGAAGUGCUUUCUGUUCUUUUAGAUGGUCGUGUUGUUGGCUUCAUUCCAUCUGAUAUAGUCGAAAAAGCUGUCAAUCACCUACGGAGAUUAAAGCUCUCAGAAACCGCAGGGUUGGCCACAUAAGAUCUGGAGGUGGGAUAUGUUCCUCUGAGCAUGGGUGGAACAUUUCCUGGUUUGUACUUGUUCACAUCUCCGUCUAGAUUUGUUCGGCCUGUCAGAAAUAUUUCUGUCCCUCCUGAGAAAAAUAAUGAUAUUGAACUUAUUGGUCCCUUUGAACAGGUUUAUAUGGAAAUAAGGUGUGCAGAUGGUGGUGAUGGAGGAAGGGGGAAUAGUUUACCUGCUACUCAUGAAGAAAUUCAUCCUACUGGAAUUCUCAGUGUGGUUGCUAAUCUCACACCUUGGUCUGAUCAUAAUCAGAGUCCGCGUAACAUGUACCAGUGUCAGAUGGGAAAACAAACAAUGGGUUUCUCUUCACAAGCGAUUCACUGCCGUGCAGAUCAAAAGCUCUAUCAUCUUCAGACUCCUCAGACUCCCAUUGUACGCACCAAAGCAUAUGAAAAGUACAGCUUAGAUGAAUUCCCAUUAGGAACAAAUGCAAUCGUUGCUGUUCUGGCAUAUUCAGGAUAUGAUAUGGAGGAUGCCAUGGUUUUGAAUAAAUCAUCUGUGGAUCGUGGGUUGUGUCAUGGACACAUAUACCAAACAGAAACUUUUGACUUGGCUCAACGAGGUGGCAGGUCAGAUCGUUCUCAGAGAAUAUUUAGAAGAAGCAAUCUUGAUAAGUCAGUGCAUUCUUUGAUUGAUUCUGAUGGACUUCCUUACGUUGGGCAGAAAAUAAACCCAAAUGAUCCAUAUUGUAGUGUCUAUAAUGAGGUAACAAGUACUACAAAAACUACCAAAUUAAAGGGUUUGGAACCUGUUGUUGUUGAUUAUGUUGCUGUUGAUGCGAAGAGCAAAAGGAAUCUGCAGAAGGUCAACAUACGUCUUCGACGGUCCAGAAAUCCUAUAAUUGGUGAUAAAUUUAGCAGUAGGCAUGGACAAAAAGGUGUUUGCUCACAGUUGUGGGCAGAUAUUGAUAUGCCAUUUUCAGGAGUUACAGGAAUGCGACCUGACCUUAUUAUCAAUCCACAUGCAUUUCCUUCAAGGAUGACAAUUGCAAUGCUUUUGGAAUCUAUUGCUGCAAAGGGAGGUUGCUUACAUGGAAAAUUUGUGGAUGCGACACCGUUUUCUAGCUCGGUAAAGAAGGCUGGGGGAGAGUCAGAAUCUGAAUCCAGUUCACUUGUUAAAGAACUUGGUUCCAUGUUAGCUGAACGUGGUUUUAAUUACCAUGGUUUAGAAGUAUUGUAUAGUGGAGUUUAUGGGACCGAAUUAACUUGCGAGAUUUUUAUUGGGCCUGUUUAUUAUCAGCGUCUUCGACAUAUGGUUUCAGACAAAUUUCAGGUUCGGUCCACCGGAACUGUGGACCAGCUUACAAGACAGCCUAUUAAAGGAAGGAAGCGUGGCGGGGGUAUACGUUUUGGAGAAAUGGAACGAGAUUCUCUCCUUGCUCAUGGGGCUGCAUAUUUAUUGCAUGACAGGCUACAUACAUGUUCUGAUCAUCACAUUGCCGAUGUGUGUUCCCUUUGUGGAAGCAUCCUCACAACAUCACUCAUCCAUCAACCACAGAAGCGAGCAGUGCGUGAGAUUGGCGGGCUCCCACCUGGUAGGGCCCCGAAAAAGGUUUUCUGUACUGCUUGCCAGACAAGCAAGGGAAUGGAGACGGUUGCAAUGCCCUAUGUCUUUAGAUACUUGGCUGCAGAAUUAGCUGCUAUGAACAUAAAAAUGACACUCCAGCUAAGUAACGGGGCAGGAGCCUGAUAGACAGCAAGGAUUGCGAUUUGGUAGCUUGGUUUACUGUGUUCAACAGCGACUAUAGUAUAAUUUUCUGCGUGACCAGUGGCGUAUGCGCAAUCGGUUAGCAGCAGGUGAUCAGGGGUUCAAGUGAAGGUGAAAGGAUUUGAACAUUGAGUUGAGAGUGGUAUCUAAGAAGCUAACUUAUUAUCUCUCUCUUGUAAAAUUUAAUUGAUGAAUUACUUUUUUUAGGCAACACUUUUUUCCCCCUUUUAUGGACAACAUCUUAAAUGAAUCAUGAAUCAUGAAAGCGUAUAAAAGUUUUGGGAUGUGAUGUUAUUGUGCUUU